AUGCAAGAUACUUUUCUCCAAGUAUUCGUCGUUGCUCUGGGCCUCCUCAUGUAUCCGAGCAGUGACCACAAUCAUGAUUUGGAUGAUGCCUUAACAGUUGGAAUGCAAGACCGUGAGCAGUUACUGUCAAUGGAAAAAGAGAAAAUCAACCAGGAAAUAGCUCAGAGUUUCCAAAUGCCGAAAGAAGAAAAGAAUACAGCAGAAAUGUUAGAGAUUAAUGUGAAGAAUGACAAAAUGCAGAAACACCUGGAUGAUUCUGUCUUGCCACAAACAAUGAAAACAAACAGUCAAAUGGAUGCUCAAACAUGGCCUAACCAAGAUAACAACUCAAAAUUAUUACCAAGUAUGAAAUCAGCUGACAAACAAAGUCACAGUAAAGAAAGUACAUCUGAAACAUCUGAUAUGGGCAAAGAUUACAUUUGGAUUUUGUGGAAAACACUCUCAGUCAUUUCAUUCAUCCAUUUUGCCAGGAAAUUCAGACAAAGAAAUUCCCAAGUGAACUCAAAGGUAACAAAAACAAUCUUCCUGGCAAAUGCAGCUGAAUAUAUGGCAGUAUUAGAUAGCACAACACUGCAGACUUUUUAUUCUCAGUGUAUACAACCGGGCUCCAUUAAGAGGCACAGAGAAGAAGAGUUUUUGGAUGGAUUUGUGAGUGAUCUACUAGAAUCUAUGAAGAACGUUUGUCUUGAAGUUGGCGGCAUGUCAAUUGGGACAGUGGAUUUGGAAGAUUUGCAUAAUGUUGUUGUUCCCCUCACUCCUCCUGAGUCAUAUAUUUUUAAAUGUUUGUACAAUAACAAAGCAGAUGAUGCGUUGCUAGAUAUGCACAUUUGUGGGCAGAUAGAGGUCAUGAAAAAUGCACAAAUUCAACUCUGCUGCCCAUGUCAGGCUUCAGGUGCUGCAGAUAUAGUGUGCCUUCUUCAUAAUGGGAGUGACAAAAUGAAGAUAAGAAAAGUAACUGACUUUGAUGAACGGUUUUGCAAAAGACGCUCAAACUAUCUGUCAAAAGCAGAAGUGAGCAAGUGGUUCCAUUGCACACUGAGACAAGCAUGGUCACUUAUUGCGUUCAAAUAUGAGUUUGAGGUCUGCAUUGAUAAUAGUAACAUCCCUGGAGCAGUCACAGUUAAGUUUAGAAGUGGAGAAAAAAUAAGUUUCACCAUUAGUCCAGUUAUUAGAUUUGACAGUCAUUCCUAUUUCUUCAUCACAACUUGUUCUCUGAAAACCACGGACACUUCCUGGCCUCUAUCUUUGUCCAAAUAUGAAGAUACUUUUUUGCAACAGAUCGCUAAAGUUUUGCCCCAAAACUCUUGCCAUAUGCAGACUCUAGAAAUCACCCUUUUUCUACACAAGAAACAGACAAUGCUAACAGGAAGGAGUGACAUUAAGGAUUUGCAUUUCAAAACUGCUCUUAUGCAUCUGUUGUUGGCCAAGACGCCGAAUGAGUGGAAACCUGCCUUUUUAGCAAAUAGACUACAAGACCUAUUGGACUUUAUGAUGUACAGCCUAAAAGCAAAACGGUUAAAUCAUAUCCUGAUAGGAAAUCCUCAAGCUAAAAGAAUGAUCCAGCUCCCGAUUUUUUGUGUGAAAUCAAAACCUUUGAAUCUCUUCUAUCCUCUGGUGGUGCACAGGUGCAUUUACCAAAAUGCUAGGAUGCAUUUUGUGGAAUUGCUAAAAAAUGCCCAGAUUUUGAUAAAUGACUACCUUGGUAAAAAUAAAUCAAUCAGCAAGCCAUAGCAAGACAUUCAAAUAUGGAUGUGACAAAAAUGGUGUUUAACCAUCAAUUUUGUAUACAUCUGCCCCCUAGAGGAACAACUCAUUUCUACAUUAACUCAGAUUGGUUAAGCAACACUGCAUACAUUUUUUGUGUGUGACUAAAACAAAAAUGCAUGCUUUUAUUAAAAAAAAUAAAAAUUAAAUAAAUAAAAUGCAUGUAGUUGGGCUUUAUACAUUCAUACAAAGAAUUUAACCCUCCUGUUGUCCUCGGGUCAAAAUGACCCGCUACCACGUUAAAAACUAACAAAAAAUCAUCUUAACGAUAAUUUUUUAACUUGAAAUUUUAUGACUUUUCCUAGAUUGACCCAAACUUUAGGAAAAGUGAAUUGUUGCCUUUAUUCACAUUAUCAUGUAUGCUGUACAAAAAAAUGUACAAAGGUCGUCUUCGGGUCAAAAUGACCCAACAGUGAAAUUCAGUUAAAAUCACAGUCACAGAGUUAUCUACACACCACAGAAUGAGAAUGUUCUGUUAGUUCUGUUUCAGAUCAAUCAGUAGCAGAUGUAAACAAGACAAGACAGGUGGCCUUGGUAAAUGGUCACAUUUUUCUACAUCGCUUUCCACCUUUAUGGCACUCAAAACGCUUUACAACAAGGAACCACUCACACAUUCACACACUAGUGCACACAGACACUGUGGGCAAGGUGGGUUAAGUGUCUUGCCCAAGGACACAAUGACAGCAUUCAUCUGUGGGAGCUGGAAUCACAUCAGCCAACCUGUGGGUCAGUGGGUCUGACCGCUUAACCUAUUAUGUUUAUGUCGAGAGCUGGAUUCGAACCACCAACCAGUGGGCGAAUGCUCUGCCAACUGAACUACUGCCGCCCUAGUGGACAGUGCCUUUGAUCUGUGGAUUUCCAGAAGUUAUAAAGGUGCUGCAGAUGACAUUACCCCAAAUUCUCUUUGUGUUGAAUCCAUGAUGUCCAAACGGCUCUAGAGCUGAUUUUUCCAGAUACCCAGCAAGACAACUCUGAUUCAGACCAGAGGAGGCCCAGAGAGGAACCAGUGGAUGCAAGUUGUGCUUGAUGUGACAGAGGGACUGAGGGGUCACAAUGUGACAUGUGACAAUUUCUUCACCUUUUAUGACAGCAGCUCCUGAAGAGGAAGAUCACCAUGGUUGGCACAGUUUGAAAGAACAAACCUGAGCUCCCACCUGCACUGCUUGCAACAAAGGAGAGACAGGUCUUCUCAUCAACAUUUGCCUUCACGCUCACCACCACCCUAGUUUCCUACAUCCCAAAGAAAAAUAAGAAUGUAGUACUUCUGAGCACACUGCACACAGACACUGGCAUAGCACUAUGAUCACAAGGACAGGAAGCCAUCCAUCAUCCUAGACUACAACUGUAACAAAGGAGGUGUGGACAACCUGAAUAAGGUGACUGGAACAUACAGCUGCAGAAGGAUGACUGCCCACUGGCCCCGGUCAUCUUCCACAACAUCAUUGAUGAUUCCUCCUACAAUGCCUUUGUGAUUUGGAGAGAGAUCAACCCAACCUGGAUGCCUCAUGAGCAGAACAAGAGGAGGGUGUUCCUGGAGCAGCUAGGAAAGGCAUUUGUAACUCCACUCAUUGAAAGAAGGAAGCAUGUCCCCUGCACAGAAGCCUCUGCAGCAGUUGUCAAAGCUAUACAGAGUGCAGGAACUCCUGAUCAACCUGAGGAUCCAGCUGCCACAGCCGCUGCCCCAGCUGGGGCAAGUAAGAGUAAGAGAUGUCAGUUCUGCCUGCCAAAGAAGGACUGUAAAACACAUACUGUGUGCUGUAGGUGUAAGAAAUAUAUCUGCAAGAGCUGUGCAUUUGCGUACUGCUCUACAUGUGCUAAUUAGUUGAAUGAGUUAUUGUUUUUUUUGGAUUGUAUAUUUUCUUACAUUGUUCACUGGCAAAAAAAACAAACAAAAAAACCCCCCUGAAGAAUCUUAUUCAUUGGGAUGAAUAAAAACGCAUUCAAAAUUC